AUGAAUGGUCUCGGAGUUGGCGGCUCUCAGAGCCCCAAUCUAGUCAACGCAGGCAACGCUAUCUUUUAUGCCUUCAUGACGGUCACUUGUUUUGCAGGGCCGUGGCUGACCAAUAUCAUCGGCUUUCGUUGGACUCUCACACUUGGGUCUAUCGGGCAUCCGCUUUAUGCGACAGGGUUAUACCUCAACAACCGCACAAGCACGACUUGGCUCGCAUACUUCGGCUCGAUGGUCUGUGGUAUUAGUGCAGAUUUCUUCUGGAGCGUCGAGGGAGCAAUAGCAACCGGUUACCCUGAAAGGCACAAACGCGGCCGCUACCUGGCCACAUGGUUUACGUUCCGAAACCUUGGAGAUAUCAUCGGCGGAGCUAUCUCUCUUGCCAUGAACCACAAGGUCAAUCAUAAGGGUCAGGUCGGUUACCAGACCUAUCUCGCCUUCAUUGCCAUUCAAGAAGGUGCAGCGAUGACGGUAACGCAGAUUGAGGCUCCUCGUGGACUUUAUUGGCGUGAGAAAGGUCGAAUCAUGUGGCGAUUUAUGCGUAGUAAGCCGAUUCUGCUACUCGUGCCUCUCUUCUGGCACUUUGUCUGGAUCCAGGCGUAUCCAGGCACUUAUCUUGCGACGUAUUUCACUGUUCGAUCGCAGGCGCUAGGGAGCUUUUUGUCGGCCGUUGUAGGUACACUGGCCACUUGGCUGAGUGGGUCGAUGGUUGAUCUUCCAUGGCUGAAGAGUCGCAAGUAUCGGACGAUCAUCACAUAUGUUCUCAUUGCUGCGCUGAACAGCACCACCUGGAUAUGGGCUGUGGUGAUUCAAAACGAGUAUCGUCAUACCCAGCCGAUUCUAGACUGGGGGAAUCAACGCCAACGCUCAUUUGGUCGGGGGUUCGGGUUGUAUCUCUUUGAGCGCAUCAGCCUUGGCUUCAUUGAGAACUAUAUUUACUUGUGCAUCGGGAAUCUGUCUAACUCUCCCGGCGACCAGAUUCGUUAUAGCUCGUUGCUCAGGGGCAUUGAAACGGCCGGCGUGGCCGUGGGGUUUGGCGUGCAAGCUAUUCCGACCACACUCAUUGCGACGGCCAGUAUCAACUAUGGCUUGUGGUUCUUCACACUGCCUUUUAGUUACUAUGCGACGCUGCAGGUCCUGCGUAAGUUGGAGAAUCAGAAGAAAGGUGACGAGAGAGAGAAGUGAUGCGCACAAUAUCUGAGCACGAAUCCUGUUGAGCUGUUGAUGAGUCUAUCAAAUCAUCCCCCUCCAAUUCGAAUUGAUCAAUUCAUCACAUGCUAGAAAGACCCAUCAUUCGUGUUGCUGGGAAACAGUCAGCCAAAUGGGUCUCGAUGUCUCGACGAGUAAAUCAAAGUGGGUGUGGAUCGCGCAAGGAUGAAAGGAGACAAACUAUCGAAGGUGUUUGCGGUCUUUGUCUGGUUGGCGUCAUUUGUCCUGUUUAGCCUGUUUGGCGAGGUCUCCCUCCACCCGCUGCAUCCCCCCCUCCUCUUCGCUUCAACUACUCCGUACAGUGAGACAACAUCCGGAUUUGUACGGUUGAACAAGUCAUUCAUGCUCUUGAAUCAAUCAAUAACUACUAUUUAUGCAAGUGGCACCUACUGAGAGACUUUACCAGGUGAAUCAUUAUUCUCCGCGUGGAUUCUUCCUUCGUGGUUCGGCAGGUAAUGUCGUGAUG